UCUCUCCCUAGAGUCUGGGAUGAUAACGAUUCCCCGAAAUACGAAAUUGCAUGUCACAGUCUUGCCCGAAAUUGCCGUUUUGUCAAUAGUUGUGACCCUGGUAAUACUCUAGCCUGUUUAUUAUGUAGGGAAAAAACAAUCAGUUGUUUUAUACUCGUAAUGGAAGCAGGAAUCCGAGUUGUGCGGGGGCCUGAUUGGAAAUGGGGUAACCAAGAUGGCGGCGAAGGUAGCGUGGGGACUGUUGUUGUUGUUGGUCAUCCUGGGAGUUCAACGUCGCCGGAUAAAACCGUGAUCGUGCAGUGGGACACUGGGAACAGGACUAACUAUAGAUGUGGCUACCAGGGAGUGUACGACCUCUAUUUGUAUGAUAAUGGUCAGAUAGGAGUGGAGCACUCUCAUAUAUCAUGCAGUGAGUGCCAUCAACAAGGGAUUAAAGGCAUGCGCUGGCAGUGUGCCGACUGUGAGGGAUAUAAUCUGUGUACAGCUUGUUAUAUGGGGGACAAACAUGAAUUACAGCAUGGGUUCUACCUCCAUGAAUCACCAGAUUCAUCAAGUGUGCCAGUAGGUAAAAGAUACGGCAUGGAGAAGUGUCAAUCCAGAGGAAUAUUCAAAGGGGCUCAGGUUGCUCGUGGCCUGGACUGGGACUGGGGUGAUCAAGAUGGUGGCAUCGGGAAGGUCGGCAGGGUGACAGGCGUAAAAGGGUGGGACAAGGAGAGCUAUAGGAGUGUUGUAUCAGUUAACUGGUCUUUGAAAGGGGAGAAUGUUUAUCGUCUUGGGCAUAAAGGAAAGGUAGACCUCACUUGCGUGAAUGCUACGCCAGGGGGUUACUAUUACAGGGAACACCUGCCGAAAGUCGGCUACACCCAGGCUAUGCAAUCCUCCUUGUCCUCAGUCCAUUCCAGUCCUCUACUGGUCGGUGAUCAGGUAAAGAUGGAGCUUGAGGAACAUCUGUUGAAAUCACUUCAGUGUGGCCAUGGAAACUGGAAUGAGAAAAUGAGGAUGGUGUAUGGCAAGGUUGGUACAGUUCACAGAAUAACAGAGAAUGGUGACAUUCGAGUACAAUACCCUGGGGUACAAAACAGAUGGACCUUCAAUCCUGCAGCCCUUGUCAAGGUUGAAGGGUUGCAGGAAGGAGACAUGGUUCUCAUUCUCAAUGAUGCAGCAGCUGUCAGGCAAGCACAAGCUGGUCACGGGGAAUGGACAGACAGUAUGUCUCAGGUACUUGGUAAAACAGGAAGAAUUGUCAAGGUCUAUGCCGAUGGUGAUGUGAGUGUUGCUGUGGGUAACCACCUUGAGAUGCAGGCCAGAACUUGGACGUUGAACCCUAUUGUUCUCACAAAGCAAACAACAGCUCACGAUCCAACAAGUUCCUCAUCUGAUCAGCUGAUAGAACAUUCUGUGGCAGGAAGACCCUCACCUUCAGAGGUGGAUAUGCGAACCCCUGCCAGGGUCCCUGUACCACACCCACCCCAGCACCAUAUGGUAGACCCUCACACAGGCAUGCCACCCCAUGGCCCAAGAACAUGUUACCGCUUGCCCGCCCCUGGUCCACCACAACAUCACCCUAGAGGACCAAGCCUCAUGACCUCCCAGGGGAUGCUAUUUCAGCACCACCCAAGCCCUAGAGCAGCAUUCCCUCCACCUGGGGUGAGACCAGUUUUCUCUCCACCUAGCAUGACUUGGAUGAGAGGCAUGGUACCUUUCAUAGGUCAACCUCAACAUAGCACACCUAUUUCUGGAGGUCCAACUAACCAAGGCCUUGGCAUUCCUCCAAGUGUCAGCUUGACACAGUGUGAACAAUCUUCUGUCUUGGCAGUUACCCCGGAAGUGGCAAGAGAGGACUGUACACAAGCUAGUUUACAGUUAGAAGAGCGACCAAGUAAUACUGAUGGGGAGGGUUCUGGACAGACACUGCCAAAUGAGCAACUGUCAUCUCUGCAUAUCAGCCAAGAGGAUGACACCAAACCAACAUCUUCCCAACAUGCAGUUGCUGUACAGUGCUGUCUGUGCGACAAAUCUGUUGACUGCAAGUUUAUGCCAUGUGGACACUCUAUUGUGUGCUAUGAGUGCGGUAACAUGUUCAAGAAAUGCUACAAAUGCAAGGUUGACGUGGAGAGCAUCCAGUGCGUAUCAUCUUCAGUGGUGCAAGAGUGUAUUGUUUGCUCAGAUGUACCUGCCUCAGUAACAUUUGAGCCAUGCGCCCACAAGCUAGUAUGUGCAGAUUGUGCAGUCAGAAUGAAGAAAUGCAUCAAAUGCCAGGAACACAUUACUUGCAAAAUUGGACCAGACGGUGCAGAUCUGUCACUUCUCACAGACAGUUCAUCUGAGAACUCACUGACAUCUUUGCAGGCCAAGCUACAGGAGCUGGAGGAUAAAAGUCAGUGUCCAAUUUGCAUGGACAAGCCUAGGACUGUGGCAUUCCUGUGCGGCCAUGGCACUUGUAGCGAAUGCUGUCAGUCUCUUAGAAAUUGCCCAUUCUGUCGAAAACCUAUUGAAAAGAAAAUCAACUUAUUUUGUUGAUCAAUCUGUUAGCAUGCCAUAACGGCAUAUUAUUAGGAGGCUUACAUGCGAUUGCCCCCUUCUGACAAAAAUUCUACACAACAUAUAGCUGGUCUUUAGCAGUUUAGAUGACAUUUUACAGUGAUGAGCAUAGAUAUAUCUCCAGCAUUAUCUCAAGCUUUUCCUUGAUUCUGAGGAGGUUUUUGAUUGAGAUCAAGGCUGUUAAGACAGUUAAAACUCAUGAUGCAUUGCAUUCAUGCCUUUAUUAUGAUCAACACAAUAAAAAUAUACAUAAUA